AUGGACGGUUGUUCGCAAAUGCAUGGUCAUCGUUGUCGUUCAAACAGUAACCACAGGUGUUGUUACGACUUCCGCUUCCGUGCUGGGAGUGCACAUGACGUGUCAGAUUCCUCAAAGUCGUAUUCUCUCAGUUCCUCCGUUUCCUCGAAUAAAAAGCGGAAAUAUUCUUCUUCCGAUUCUAAAAAUGAUUCCUCCGGCUAUGGUUGUUCCCAGCCAAAUAAACGUGAAUGUGAAAAGUUGUCGAAAAGCCAGGUGCGCGUAGGUGCAUCAAGUUGCCUAGAAAGGCACAGACCUAGCUCGCGGGCUUUAUCUCCCCGUAAGUGCCGACGGCUUGGUGCUGCGGUAAUAAAUGGCAGGGACAACCACCUCGCUGAUGCUAACGCUUCAAGUCCGGUUGUUCGUUUCCUAAACGGUGGCCCUGAGUCCCAUGGGUCGGUUGAGAGAUUCCGCGAUCGCGACCGGAGCAUUAGUCACGGGCAUGAUUUCUCGAAGUCUUCGGUAUACAAAAGAAAACAUGGCGAUUCCAGUCAUCGUUCUACAAGUCAUCCGAGUCACAAGCGCAAACGCCAGCGCCGAAGCAAAGAGAGGGCCAAGCGCAAAGAAAGCCACGAGCACCACAAACGAGACAAGACACAGGCAGUCGUUCCGGUCGGGGAGGUCAUCAAGCGCCGAUUCGAGGUGCGUAAGGUCCUAGGCGAGGGCAGCUUCGGCCAGGUUCUCGAGUGUCUCGAUCUUCACACACAGUCGCGCGUUGCAGUUAAGGCAUUGAAAAGGCUGGAAGACUACCAGGAAGCAGCGAAACACGAGGUGGAUGUUCUUGAUGCAAUUUCUAAGGCUGACCGUAGUUUACGUUCUAAUUGCAUUGAAACUAUUGACUUUUUUGAAUGGCAUAGGCAUUACUAUAUAGUUUUCCCCCUGCUCAGUGCUAGCGUAUUUAAUCUGCUUGAGCAAAAUGACUACGAGCCGUAUCCCAUAGAGCACGCUAUCGCGAUUACCCAGCAGCUUUGUGAAGCGGUUACUUUUAUGCACAAGAUGAGGAUUUGCCAUACAGAUCUUAAGCCGGAAAACAUCAUGUUUGUUUCGCCCGACUUCAACGAGAUUUACAAUGAGAAGCGCGGUCGGACAAUACGUGUUGCACGAGAUCCGAGUGUAAAGGUCAUCGACUUUGGCUCUGCUGUCACUGAAGGCGAGAGGCACCCUACUACAAUCCAAACCCGACACUAUCGAGCGCCCGAGGUUGUUCUUGAGUGCGGGUGGUCGUAUUCCGCCGAUGUCUGGUCAAUCGGGUGUAUCCUGUACGAACUUGUAACUGGUCAAUGCCUUUUCAUGACUCAUGAUAAUCUCGAACAUCUGGCGAUGAUGGAACGCUUCCUCGGACCCCUUCCAAAGCACAUGGUGCGGAGCAGCCGGAAACGGAGAUAUUUCAGGCGUGGUCGGCUUGAUUGGGAUGCCGACAGCGCCGACGGUCGCUACGUGCGUCGCCACGUCAAGCCUCUAGGUAAUCUCUGGCUGUCAACAGAUGAUCUUACUACUAGACUUGCAUUUGAUCUUGUUAGAGAAUUGCUAACUUAUGACCCAGAUGUUAGGAUAUCCUCUCGUGAGGCUCUCGAGCAUCCCCUCUUCCAAUAA